AUGAAAUUUCGAUUUUCUUCAAUGAGUAUUGCAUAAUUCCAAGAACGAUAGAGAAUAGGAUGGAGCAGAACCAGAAAAUGGAUGUUUUAUGCAGGAUUAGCCCUGAUUGGAGUGGAAAUAUAAGGAAACUAUUGGAACACUGAUAUUCUGUAUACAUUCAAUUAAACUCCUAAAAACUUGUAAAUCAUUUAAAAUUGCACAAGUUUAAGAUAGGGCGUUUAUAAACCAACAAUUUAUUUGUAGACAGCUUUCCUUUAGAGUUUGUAUGGAAGCAAAUUUGAUCCUGUACCAUAUGUGCCUAUGACUCGUGUGGAAGUACCCGUAGAAAAUGGAUUAAUUACUAUAGAUUCUCUGCCUGUGAAUCAAAAGUUUCUCAGAUCUGAUAAAAGCGAGAACCCAAAAUAAAAAACCUUAAUAAUACUACAUGGAUUGACUGGCGCUAGUGAAUGUAAUUACAUUAGACAUACAGUAUUAAAUGCGAAUCGCAAAGGAUUUAGAGUUUACUGUAUCAAUAUGCGAGGGUAUGCAAAUUCAAGAAUGCUAUCUGCAUAGCCUACUGACUUUUCUAAAUUGGAUGAUUUAUUGGCUGGAGUAAAUUAUAUUAAAUCCUAAAAUCCAGAUGCUCCUUUGUAUAUGUUAGGAUUUUCGAUGGGUUCUUUGCAACUGGUGAAAUUUCUAGCAAAAUAUAAGGAUGUCAUCAAAGGAGCAGUAGCAAUCAGUUGUCCAUGGGAUAUUUAAACUUUAGCUUAGGAAAUCAAGAAGCCAACGAAGUUUAUUUACAAUAUGGCUAUCACUAAAAAUUUCAUCAGGAAUAUGAAGUGGAAUAUUGAUGUUUAUAAAAAGUCAGGCAUUGAUGUAGAUUAGGCUUAGAAAUGUUAUAGAACUGAAGACUUUGAUGAAAUAGUGACCAAAAAAUUGUUGGGCUAUGAAAGCAUCUAAGAUUUAUACACGAAAAUCAAUUGUGUCAAAGAAAUCGAAUAGAUUGAAGUACCUACUUUAUUUGUAUCAUCAAUGGAUGAUCCAGUCAUUCAAUCAUAGUAUAUUCCUAAGGAUGCAAUUUUAAGCAAUAACAAUCUGAUCUUAGCUUUAACUAAGAAGGGAGGUCAUAUUGAAUGGUUCACUGGAUUUAAAGCGGUUAGAGUAAGGAUAUUGUGA